CAUUUUUCAUUCACUCCACACUGUACUAUCUUCCCAUCUCUCUCUUGUCUCAUCUCCUAAAAACAUGCAACAGGUUUCUGUCUCUUCCUCCUCCAUUGAAGAUAACAAAACAAAAAACAAUGGUGAUAAUGGGAAGCACCCAUUGUAUCGUGGAGUAAGAAUGCGUAGUUGGGGAAAAUGGGUUUCAGAAAUUAGAGAGCCCAAGAAAAAAUCAAGAAUUUGGCUAGGCACUUAUCCAACACCCGAGAUGGCAGCUCGAGCCCAUGACGUUGCGGCCCAAGCCAUUAAAGGCAGCUCGGCUUACCUCAAUUUCCCCGAAUUAGCUCAACAACUUCCACGCCCGACCACUAAUUCUCCUAAGGACAUUCAAGCCGCUGCUGCUAAGGCAGCGACUAUGGGCUCUCUCCACGAAGCCCAGGACCAAGACCACGACAUACAAGAAACGUUAAAUGAUGAGGAUGAUACAUUCUACGACCUCCCUGAUCUCUUACUAGAUUCAAAUAAGAGUUCAAGUGAGUUUCAUUAUUCCUCCAUGUCGUGGCUCGUGGCUGGAGCUGAAUAUCCAAACCCAAGUUUUGGGCUGGAUGAGCCUUUCCCGUGGGAACCUUAGCCUUACUAAUUUGCUAUGGCGCUGUUCUUCCAAUCUACAGCUUCAUAUUUGUUAAUUACUACUACUCAGUACUUACAAGUACUUGUUUCAAUGUAGAGGCAAAAUGUAAAGACAUAUGUUAAGGAAUACAUAAAUAAUAAUUAUGUUUAGUAAAAAACAACUUUUUAUAUUUUGAAAAUGAGAUA